ACGCCACCGGCGAUCCUCAAGGACAUUGGCAUUUACUACCGCCCGGCGCAAUACUUGAUUUGCUUUGCCUUGCAUUGGCUCUACAACGGCGUCAUCACGCUCGGGAUCACGUCGUUUGCAGCGACAGCGACAGCCAAGGACGUGCCGUCGCCCAAGCAGCUCUAA